CCCCCUCCGCGGCGGUUUCGGUCCCGGCCCCGCCGGUCGCGGCGCCCCAUGUCGCGGGCGGGGGGCGAUGGCACCGCCGCGCUGGAGCGGGCCGGGGCGGAGACCGUCAAGCGGGCGGUGGAGCUGGACCUGGCGUCUCGCUUCCAAGAGUCGCUGGUGUGCUACCAGGAGGGCAUCGACCUCCUGCUGCAGGCGGUGAAAGCCACCCGAGACGAGCCAAAGAAGCAGCGGUACCGGCAGAAAAUAUCCGAGUACAUGACCCGAGCGGAAGACAUUAAGAAACACAUCGAAAAAGAGAAACAGGAUGGCAAAUACCACAAGCAAGUCAGGAUAGAGGAAAACGCAACAGGUUUUGGCUACGAGAAGCUUUUCCAAGAGUACCUUACCGAGACGCUUUCCGAAGUUUGGGUGGAGGACCCGUACAUUCGGCAUGUUCAUCAGUUGUACAACUUCCUGCGGUUCUGCGAGAUGCUGAUUAAGGGGCCGUGCAAAGUGCAAACAAUCCACCUCCUCACUUCCUACGAUGAAGGUAGUGGGAGGAGUCAGCAGAUAAGCGGCUUGGAAGAAAUACAACAGUCAUUGAGGAAUUAUGGAGUAACACUGAAUAUUGCAUUUUCAUCUUCCAUACAUGAUCGAGAAAUUAGAUUCAACAAUGGAUGGAUGAUUAAGAUUGGAAGGGGUCUUGACUAUUUUAAGAAACCACAGGGUCGUUUCAGCAUUGGAUACUGUGACUUUGACUUGCGACCUUGUCAUGAAACAACAGUGGAUGUCUUUCAUAGUAAACAUACAAAGAAAAUGUGAUCAGAGAUGACUGCUUUUAAUGAGUGUUUUUAUAAGCAUAAAAAUCUAGGACUGGAAGAUACUGCUUGAGUACAGCUGACCACCCUCAGAAGCAACUCUUCUAAGUACUUAGUCCAGCAAAGCUUUUAUAAUCUAUAGGUUUAAGAAUAUUCUCUCCACUGUACUUCUCCCAUAAUCUUAAUUAAUACAAUCCAUAUCUAAAUUUGAUAUUGAUUUCAUAACAGAUCCUCAGUGCUGUCUCUCAAAAGUCUCUUAAAUGUAAUUUCUAUUUUUACUAUUAA